AUGCCUAAGCAAGUUAUUGUUCAACCUUCAAUUGAAGCCGUCGAGAUUAUCAACACCCCUAUCCCAGAGGCCGGAGACAACGAUGUCAUCAUAAAGGUCGUAGUUGCCGGCUCGAAUCCUAAAGAUUGGAAAUAUCCCCUUUGGAAGGGCUGGCCUCAUAACAGUGGCGAUGACAUUGCUGGUAUUGUCCAUGCAGUUGGUAAGGAUGUGUAUGAGUUCAAGCCAGGUGACAGAGUUGCGGCUUUGCACCGUGCUGGGAAAGAAAACGGAGGUUAUGCAGAAUACUCUGUUGCGCCGCACUGGACGACAUUUCACCUACCUCAGCAUGUGACUUUUGAAGAGGCCGCCACCGUCCCUACAGCGGCUCUGACUGCGGCCAUUGCGCUCUACGUCGACAUGAAACUCCCCUUGCCCCAAGUUGAGGUAGCACUGGCGGGUGAGAACAAAAUGCCUAUUUUGAUCUAUGGGGUCACGUCCGCUGUAGGUGCAUUCGCAGCGAAGCUGGCACGGCUUUCAGGACUAUAUCCCAUCAUCGGAAUUGCUGGCCGAGCAAGCGACUUUGCACAAACCCUAGCUGACUAUGUAGUCGAUUAUCGCGAGGGAGACGACGCUAUAGUGAAGCGUGUUGAGGAGAUUUUGAAGCAAAAGGGACUAGGCAAUAAAGUGACCCAUGUUUUUGAUGCUAUUAGCGAAGGGGGAACGCUCGAAACAACCCUGCGGUUUGUCGACGAUAACGGAGGCAUUAUCAGCACUGUACUUCCUCCGAGUCUUUUUGCGAAGGAUCCAGAAGGGUUCAAGUACCCCCCUGGGAUGGCGGCUAUCAACAGUGCUCUCCCUCGUGUUCAUUCCACUCAUAAGGAUUUCGGGUUUCUCUGGUCUCGUUUUCUCGGGAGAUUGCUAGCAGAUGGCAGACUGAAACCGCAUCCAUUUGAGAUUGUGCCAGGGGGAUUGCAUGGUGUGCUGAAAGGGCUGCAAAAGUUGAAGGAAGGCAAAGCUAGUGCUACGAAGUAUGUGUAUAACAUCGAGGAUACACCAGACUCGCCACCAACUCACGAGACUUCAACGUCAAAAAGACCGGAAGACAAGCAGAAACAUCAGUUCCAAGCAUUUCCCUUCCCACCUUAGUCUCGAUGCUGGGAUUUCAGCCCUUAAAGAACAUUAAGGUCUUCAACAACCGAAUAUGCAUAGUAUGAAGGCGACGGGGUUUUUGCAGUGGUGUAUAGAUAUCUGGGAUAAACGAAUAAAAAAGAUUCAACAUCGAUGUGACCAUUACUGAUCCUCUUCGCGGCUAAAUUCAGUAUAUUUGAGCAGAACUAUUCGGAAAUGGGAAUCUCAUUUACUAUCCUAAGUCUAUACUGUGCUGUCCAUUAGCGAGUAAUUGAAAUAGAGGCCAUUUUGAAGUCUGAUAUGUCCGGCGAUAACAUAACAAGAAUCACUUACGUUCAAU